GCUAGAUAGUAAUGUGCAAAAAAAAUAAGAAUUGACAAGCAGAGAGCAGCACUGACUGUUUAAAAGGGUCACUGUGUCAUAUGACAGGGAGAUGGGAUACGUCUGGGAGAUGUACCAAGUUGACCAUGAUACAAGACUGUUAUUGUUACCAUCAAAAAAGUAUGCUACUUUUGUAAAAUAAUCCUGAAAUUCAGGAUAAAUUGAGAAUGGACCAAAUUCUCUGGGUUUUAAAGGAUCUACUGAAAAGAACUGUAAGGUAUUCAAAACAUUUAGGCCAAAACCAACUGACACUUAGGCCCUGAACAGCUUCCAGUAUCACCCACAGAGUGAGAGGUCGUUUCUAUUUACCCCUCUUUUACUUAGUGAAAGCGCACUGAUGUAUGUUUGGGCCAACUGCACUGUCACUCAAAAUUGCUGCCGCUUCGUGAUAGGUUGCUUUACUUCGAGUCCCCGCCCCUGCUGGCCGGCUCCACAGUUGAAAUGACACCGUGGGAAAGCUGGGUGCUUCAAACGGAGACGCUCCGUGCAAACCUGGGCAGACGCACGUCAGACGCAGACACAACACUCUCUCUUGAAGGACUAUUGUGGAUUCAUCAAAAUGAAACGGAAUCACGACUUCAGCUCCUCGGACAGCGAGCUGGAUGAGACCAUUGAAGUGGAGAAAGAGAGCGCGGAUGAGAAUGGGAACCUUAGCUCUCCUCUGGGGUCCAUGUCUCCAACUACAUCCACUCAGGUGCAGGCGAGAAAAAGACGUCGAGGAAUAAUUGAGAAACGUCGUCGAGACAGAAUUAACAACAGCCUCAGCGAGCUCCGCAGGCUGGUCCCCAGCGCCUUCGAGAAACAGGGCUCAGCAAAACUGGAGAAAGCAGAAAUUUUGCAGAUGACUGUUGACCAUCUGAAGAUGCUGCAUGCUGCUGGAGGCAAAGGCUAUUUUGACGCCCAUGCUCUGGCGAUGGACUAUCGUGGUCUGGGUUUCAGGGAAUGUCUGGCUGAGACAGCCCGCUAUCUGAGUAUCAUCGAAGGCCUGGACAGCACGGACCCACUGCGUCUCCGUCUGGUCUCCCACCUCAACAACUACGCCAGCCAGAGAGAGGCUCACUCCGGCCUGAGCCACCUAGCAUGGGGGUCUGCAUUUGGGUCCCCCCCUGCCCACCUCACCCACCCGCUUCUCCUGCAACACCAACAAGCGGCACCUUUGGCACCCUUACCCCGCAGCACCACCAGCAGCCCACAAACUCCUCUGUCAACCACAUCCACUUCAUCCACCUCUUCCUCUUCUUCUUCAUCUUCGUCAGCUGCAGAGACUCACAUCCCUGGCAGGCGCAGCGGCAGUGCCACCCCUCACUCAGAUCAAGGCCCCAUACGGGUUCCCCCCACCAGUGCCACAUCUGUGUCCAUCCCGCACCCUGCCCUGGUCGCCUCAGCCUCCAAACUCUCCCCUCCUCUUCUGUCCUCCCUCUCGGCGUUCCCCUUCCCCUUCAGUGCCUUCCCCCUCAUUUCCCCUGCCUCCGCCAUCAGCCCCUCAGCCCCGACAUCCAGCGUGGGUAAACCCUACAGACCCUGGGGUAUGGAAAUAGGAGCGUUCUGACUAAAAUAAAAACUUUUACUUAAAGACUCAUUUUACUCCCCAGCUGAGCUGGACUUUCAAAGGACAAUACUUUUUAUUUUCCCAGCUAAGAAAGUACUAUUUUUUCUAUGAUGUUGACAUCCCAACUAGAUAUAGAAUUUUUAUUUUCUUGCUAAUGUAUUAUAUUUUGUACAGAAGAUUAAAAAAAGUCAAGAGGGAGACCACGACUAAAAAGCAACAAUGAUUUAUUGUGAGUGAUCUGUCCCAGCCCACCCCUUUAGAAGUUUCACCCACUUUCUCAGCCUAUCAGGAACAGCUUUUCCAGAUGGUCAAGCAGUGCUAGCCUGUCAAGUUACUGGGCGAAAUUCCCCCCUCCUUUUUUUUUUGUCUUCCUCGCUGAUCUGAAACACCUCGUGUUUGUGCCCUGGUUACAUACAGAGAGGGGGGAGUGAAAGGAGGCCUGAGGUGGUCGAGAGUCACCCCCUUUUUACAGCAUUUUAUGGGGUGGAAUAACUGAAACCAGGUGUUUGUUGGACUAAAUACUGGGAACAGAAGUUAGCUACCAGCUUGGUUGAAAUAAACACAACCAUGAUUUACACACAGCCUCAUAUGGUGCAUUGUGUUAAAGCUUGCUGCCUUAAGUUAUGCUUCCUUUAUACAGUUAAUUAUAACUCUUACAGUUGAGGCUUCACAUAUGUUUUUACCACUUUCUACCAGCCGUUCCACAUUCCUCUUGUUUGCAUGUUAUAAAUUAGAUUGUCUGCAAGUUUUUCCCUCCACCAGGUUUAAAGUAGCAGUAUCAGUAAUUAAAAAAAGAAAUGUUUUCUUUGUAUGGGUCGCAGUAGUUAAAGAAAGCAGCAGAAUUCAUUCCCUUAUUUAGAAAGACUAACUCAUGUUUUCCACCUGAAUCUUUGGUUUCUUCUGGUACUUCUCACUUUAAGUUUGUAUAAUUUACGCACAUGCAAACUCUGAAAAAUAAGAGCUUUUGAAAGUGUUGCUGGUGGUGAUGACAUCUUCCCUGUAAUAAAAGAGUUCAGAUAAAUCA